AUGUCAAAGAAUGGGAGAAUGUCAAUUUCUCGAGCGAAACGAUUAUCAAUGAUUCCAACUCUAUCUCUAAAAAAGACAGAGAUAAGUAAUGACCCAAAAAAAUUUGCUCAUUUAUCAUUCAGUGAAGAAUUUCAUAAGAAUGUCCACGAGGAAAAAAUAACAGUUGAAAUUGAUUUAUACUUUGGUGAAAAAAUUAAUCACGAAUCUUCGACAGGUGAAACCAUUAGUAAUCUAAUCAAGUUUUGUGAAGCAAAAUUUGAUUUACCAAAAGACGAAAUGGUUAUGACCUACAAAGAAAAUUUUUUAUUACCUUGUUUAUCAUUGGCUGACAUUCCUGAUCUCCUCAACGACAAACACCCAGUAAUCAUAGCAAUGAAGGAUCCCCAUUGUAAAAAUUGA